UAAACGUAAUUUAAACGUUUAAUAAAUGCCUGAAAAACACCCAAAAUAUUUUUUCAAUAUACAAUCGCAAAAUAAAAUAUUCAUAAUUCAAAUUUUGACCUCGUUCACUGUUGUAAAAAAUAUAUUUUCUCAUUGAGGACUACUAAGUUACAUCAACUUUAGUACAAAAUUAUAAUGCUUAUAUUAUUAAAAUAAAUUAAUGACGACUAUGGCAAUGUCGAGCUUAGAAAAACUCAACAAAUUACUUGCGUGUGGCAAACGACAAAAAUCGAUCGACGACGUCUUGUUCAGACCGAUUGACAAACUAUUAAGAAUUUACAGACGCGAUGGAAUAUUUGAGAUUGAAGAUGAAAUUGAUGAACCACGACAAACAGAUCAAUUUAAAUGCAAUGUGAACGGAUGUACUGGGAAUUUUACAUCAAUGACGGCAUACGCCAUGCAUUAUAAUUCAAAUCAUCGUUACACUUGUAUAUAUUGUCGUAAAACAUUGCAGUCGUCACAUCUUUUAGAUUUACAUGUAUGUGAAACGCACGAUAAUUUUUUUUCAGUGUCUGCGACCAGAAAACCCAUGUAUAAAUGCUUAAUUGAAACUUGUUGUGAACUAUUUUGGAAUGCUGACGAGAGAAUGAACCAUUGUAAGGAAUAUCACAAAUUAACACAAAGCUUUUUACUCCAUCAAGGAAAAAAAAAAAACUAUAAGAAAAGAAACAACAACAGAACACAAAGUGGUGGCACGUCAUCAUCUUCAGGCCUAGAGACUAUGGCAGAUUUAAAUAUGAUUUUAGACUAAUUUUUAUUUGAAUCUUCUAACUAGUAUAAUUUUGCCUGUUGAAUUUUUACUAAAAAAAAAAACAAUUAUUUGUUAACUAUGAGCGUGUAUUAUUUUUUUUUU